UCAGUACUCCUCACACACUACCACCACACAACAACUUCUAUCUCACUGCGUCUCUCGCUUCCCCAUAAUUUACACGUUCUUUUUAAUGCUUUUCACCAAUCAAAUUAGCGUCACCUUCACCCACCACACCAACGGCAGCAAGACUAACACUAGAAAUUAAAUUCCCAUCUUUAUCUCUUCCUUUCUUCCAUUAGCCCAAAAAAAAAAAUAGAAAAAAUGAUGAACUGCUUGCAGAGUUGGCCUGAACCUGUGGUUAGAGUCCAAUCUUUAGCAGCAAGUGGUAUCCGGGCAAUCCCAGAGCGUUAUAUUAAGCCACCAUCCCAUAGACCCUUAUCAAAAAAUGACUUUUCACCACCUCAAGAGGUAAACAUUCCUGUUAUUGAUUUCCAAAACGUUUUCUCUGACGACCAACGCCUCCGUGACGAGGCCCUCCGUGAUAUCUACAGUGCUUGCCAUGAAUGGGGGUUCUUUCAAGUAGUGAACCAUGGUGUUAGCCAUGAACUGAUGAAGAGGACUAGUGAGGUUUGGCGAGAGUUCUUCAACUUGCCAGUAGAAGUGAAGCAGGAGUAUGCUAACACUCCUGCUACGUAUGAGGGGUAUGGUAGUCGGUUAGGGGUGGAGAAGGGGGCGAUACUUGAUUGGAGUGAUUAUUUCUUCCUUAAUUAUAUGCCUGUUUCUCUCAGAAACCAAAACAAGUGGCCUGCAACCCCAGCUUCUUGCAGGGAAUUGGUAGCUGAGUAUGGCAGUGAAGUGGUUAAACUUUGUGGAAAGUUGAUGAAGGUAUUCUCCAUGAACCUUGGUCUGGAAGAGGACUCCCUCCUUAACGCUUUUGGUGGAGAAGAAAACAUUGGGGCAGGCUUGAGGGUGAAUUACUACCCCAAGUGUCCCCAGCCAGACCUUACACUAGGUCUCUCCCCACACUCUGACCCUGGUGGAAUGACCCUUCUCCUGCCUGAUGAAAAUGUGGCUGGCCUACAAGUCUGUAGGAAGGGCAGUUGGCUCACUGUUAAGCCGAUCCCAAAUGCCUUCAUUAUCAACAUAGGAGAUCAAAUCCAGGUACUGAGCAACGCCAUCUAUCAGAGUGUGGAGCACAGGGUUAUUGUGAAUUCUAAUAGUGAUAGAGUCUCUCUUGCCCUUUUCUAUAACCCGAAGAGCGACUCGCUCAUUGAACCAUCCAAGGAGCUUGUGUCCGAUGACCGGCCAGCUCUCUACCCACCGAUGAGAUUUGAUGAAUACAGACUUUACGUUAGGACAAAGGGUCUCUGCGGCAAGGAACAGGUUGAAUCCUUAAUAAUAUCCUAGGCCAUGCAGUGAAUGUUGAAUCGAUGACAGUGUCCCUCCUUGGUCCCGUCAUCAUCUAAAAUAAAUGUCUAAUAAUAAUAAGCAUGAGUUCCAGGGAACAAAGAGCGGGGCAAAUUUGAAUCACGUGGUACAGCAAUUUACAGCUUGCUUUUGUUUUCAAGUCAAUAUUGCCACCGUCUGUUUAGGAUAAAAUGUCAAUCAAAUAUAAUGGAAUUCCAUUUCAGUGUUGUAUAAGAAGGUGGAAUUAAGUUAUUGUCUAUUUGCUCGUACCAAAUCGUUAAGCAAAAACCAAUUAUUUGAAUGUUGAUGGAACUCUUCUUUGACCA